AUGAACACAGCAAAAGGGUCAUCUGACACGGCAACCCUCUACAGCUGGAACACAUUCAAGGACACCUUCAACCAGAGCAUGAUCGAAGAAACCGCAGAUCUCCUGGUGUCUACCGGGCUGCGCGAUGCCGGCUACACCAUCCUGACCCUGGAUGACGGGUGGCAAGCCACAGAACGAGCAGCCGACGGCCGGCAACAGGCCAACCUUACCAAACUCCCGGGCGGAAUCAAGGGCAUCGCCGACUACCUCCACGCUCGGGAUCUACAGCUUGGCAUCUACAGCGAUGCCGGUAUCCAUGACUGCGGAUUCGCCCCGGGGUCGUGGGGCUACGAGGAGCUCGACGCUGCUACGUACGCCGGGUGGGAGGUCGACUAUCUCAAGUACGACAACUGUGGCGGCUUUGCUGCAAAUGUCGAGAGUCCGCAGGUGCGGUUUGGCAUCAUGCGUGACGCGUUGCGGAACAGUGGGAGGGAGAUCUUCUAUUCUUUGUGUCAGUGGGGCCAUCAGUUUCCGUGGUUUUGGGCAGACCAGAUUGGUCAGUCGUACCGCAUGUCUGGCGAUAUCACCGCCACGUUCAGUGAUACUGGGAAAGACUGCGCCUGCAAGACAGCAUACUGUUUGAAUACCGGUUAUGCUGGAUGUAGCGUGUUGACCAUCAUACGAAAGAUGCGAGAGAUCUCCGCAUUUCAGAAGCCCGGUAGCUGGGCUGACAUGGACAUGCUCGAGAUCGGCAACGGGAACAUGACUCUGCACGAGCAGCAGACUCACCAAAGCUUUUGGGCUGCCCUGAAAUCACCACUGAUCAUCGGAGCGGAUCUGCGAGCACUAUCCAAUGAGAGUCUGGGCGUCCUUAAGAAUCCUGAGAUCAUUGCCAUCUCCCAGGACAGUGUCGGCAAAGCCGUGACCUAUCUGGAAGCUUUGAGCAAGGAAAAAGAACUACAGGUCUGGGCUGGCCCGCUGAGUGGCAACAGGACGGUAAUUCUGGCGUUCAAUGAAGCGAACACAACCACUACGGUCAAUAUCCCGCUCGAUCAAAUUCCUAACAUUGGCGGAGAGCAAGCCUUUAGUGUAAGGGACGUAUGGGCCGCUCGUGAUAUUCUGAAGGUGCAAGGAAAUAUAACGGCAGAGUUGAAGACUCAUCAAACAAGUGUUCUCAUUUUGCAACUCAAUUGA